UCAGGCAAAACACCAUUUUCACAUUGUGAGGGGUGAGAUGGGAAGAAGCCCUUGUUGUUCAAAGAAGGGUUUGAAUCGAGGUGCCUGGACAUCACAGGAAGAUAAAAUACUCCGAGAUUAUGUUCAUCUCCAUGGCCAAGGAAAAUGGAGAAAUCUUCCUCAAAGUGCAGGUUUGAAGCGUUGUGGGAAAAGCUGUAGACUUAGAUGGUUGAAUUAUCUGAAACCAGGUAUCAAGAGAGGCAAUAUAUCAACAGAUGAAGAAGAGCUUAUUAUUAGACUUCACAAACUCCUAGGAAACAGAUGGUCUCUCAUAGCUGGAAGACUUCCAGGACGAACAGACAACGAGAUAAAGAACUACUGGAACACCUAUUUAUGUAAAAAAGUUCAAGAUGGUGUUGGUGGUGACUCCAAAACCAAAGCCCCAUCUUCACAAGAAAAGAGUCAUCAGCCAAAGCCUCAAUCAAUACUUGAAAAUAAUAAUGUGAUUCGUACAAAGGCAUCCAAGUGUUCCAAAUUGUUGCUCAUAGAUCCUCCUUUCCCUUGCGCAUCAUCAAUGCAAAAGCAGAGCGAUUUCAUGGUAGAAUUAAUAAAACCAGAAGCAGAGCCCUUGCUUGUGGUUGAUAUUGCUGCAGCCAAUGAUGAUGAUGAGAAGGAACUCUCCACAGAUUUGCUCUUGGACUUUGAUAUUGGCGAAAUUUGCUUAUCAGAUUUUUUCAACUCCGAUUUUUGGGAGGUGCCUGACUUCAAUCACAACAUUAACCAUGAUGAUCAAAUAAUCUAAUGCCCUUUUCAGAGCACCCAUGCACUUUUCAAGACACAGAAAUACCUUGGUGACAACACAAAUGUCGCAAAUAACAGUUUUUGUGAGAAGGAUAAUGGUUGCUAGCCAUUGCCAAUGUACAUUCUUAUUUUCCUCCACCUUAAUAAAUUUCGAGUCACUAGUUAUUUGUAUUUUGUUCCUAUGUUUUCAUACAUGACACCUAUUUUCCUUUUCAUUUAAUUUUCAUGUAUUUUCUCUUUUUUUUUUAUUUGUGUUAUUUUUCUAUCACAUCACUAUUAUAUUUAGGUGUUUGUUGUGAUACCUUAAGUCAGACCAAGGUAUAGUACCCAGAAUGAGUUGACAUAGUAAUAAAGACUCAUGUAUCACAUAAGUUAGCAAUUGUAUUUUUCCAAUAAUGUAGCUUAAGAUUAAUGGUGUCAAUUUGAUCAGUGUUAGGCAUCUCCCUUGAUUGAAACCAUGUCGCUCACGCCCAAUGCUAUGAUUGAGAUUGGCAGCAACCGCUUCAAGGUCGCCACGUAGGUCGCCGGAGGAUAAUUGAGUUGGCCAAUGAACAAGAGCACUAUUGCACCUGAGUUAUG